AUGGCCUCAGCAUACCCACCGCCGACUACAGUCGGUGAGGCUCCAUUUUCCGCCCCAGGCCUCGACCAGCCCUGCAAAACCGCCUACUCCAUCUGGGGCAACCUCGCCGACGGCAUCCCGCUAAUCUGUCUGCACGGCGGGCCUGGCCACCCCUCGCAAUACAUGCGCCCCCACAGCCUCCUGCACACCAACCACGGCGUCCCAGUAGUCCUCUACGACCAACUCGGCUGCGGCAAAAGCACACGCCUCCCCUACAAACGCGGCGACACCGCUUUCUGGACCAUCGACCUGUUCAUCGCCGAGCUGCGCAACCUGCUCUCCGUCCUCGGAAUCCAGCGCUUCGAUCUCCUAGGCCACAGCUGGGGCGGCAUACUCGCGACGAGUUUCGCGCUGACGCAGCCGCCUGGGCUCCGCAAGUUGAUGCUCAUGAGCGCCCCGCCGAAUAUCGCCCGGCGCGUGGCGUCUACGCGGCGCCUGCGGAAACGCAUGCCGGAGAUCGACGAGGUGAUGACGCGGUGCGAGGCGGCCGGCACGACGGACAGUGACGAGUAUCGCGCGGCCAGAAAGGUCUUCUCGAGCCGCCAUAUUUGCACGCUUGACCCCCUUCCCUUUGACUGGGUGGACGGGAUGGGGGAGGACAACACCGUGCCGGCGACCAUGCUAGGCGGCCUCAUGGCUCCCGGCCCCUUGGGGUCAUACAACGUUGACGCCCGGCUGCAUGAGAUCACGGCAAAGACGGCACCUGGCGGCGUGUUGGUCACUAACGGCGAGAAUGAUACCAGUCAGGAUGAGGUGGUCCGGCCUUACUUUACGAAUAUUGCGGCGAGGGUUAUGUGGAUUAAGUAUACGAAGAGCAGCCAUACGCCGCUCUUCGAGGAAACGGAGAAGUAUAUUGCGGACGUCGCCGCGUUUCUGUCCAGCGCUUGA